AUGCGAGCCUUCAGCCCGGUGCGGUCCGUCCGGAAAAACGGCCUCUCGGAGCACAACCUGGGCAUCUCCCGCAGCAAGACCCCCGUGGACGACCCCAUGAGCCUGCUGUACAACAUGAACGACUGCUACUCCAAGCUGAAGGAGCUGGUGCCCAGCAUCCCGCAGAACAAGAAAGUGAGCAAGAUGGAAAUCCUGCAGCACGUUAUCGACUACAUCCUGGACCUGCAGAUCGCCCUGGACUCGCACCCCAGCAUCGUCAGCCUCCACCACCAGCGGCCCGGGCAGAGCCCCUCCUCCAGGAGCCCGCUGACCACGCUGAACACGGACAUCAGCAUCCUCUCGCUGCAGGCGUCCGAGUUCCCCUCAGAGCUCAUGUCGAGCGACAGCAAAGCGCUUUGUGGCUGAAUCGAACGGUGUUCCACUGAUGAGAUUUUUUUUUUUUUGCACAAGAAAAUGUCUACAGGAUUUUUUUUUUGAGGUGCUGAAUUUAUUUUUCAGCUGUAUCUGGAGGGGAAAAUCCACGUUUAACUAAAAGGACCUUUUAAAAUUAAUACAGAAGAAAAAAAAAAGCAAGAUUGAUCUUUAUCCCCACCCUGUUCUUCAACUUGGACUGAACCUAGUUAUUUAUGAAGAGACUCUUAAAUACCCUUUCCCUAGUUGGAAGGCUUCCUUUAUAUACUAUUCCCAACGUGGGGAGCGAAACAAAAAUCUCACAAGGAGUUGCCCAUUUUAAAGCAGACUUUGCCUUUUUUUUCCAAAGGUGGAGCGUGAGUACCAGAAGGAUCCAGUGUUCAGUUUUUUAGGAAAGUCUGUGGUCAGAAAUUACCUUUUUGACACAAACCUAGGACUGAAUGCUGUGUAUAUAUUUAUAUAUAAAUAUAUAUAUAUGAGUGAAACCUUGUGAACUCUUUAAUUAGAGUUUUCUUGUAUAGUGGCAGAAAUGCACAUUUCUGCAAAAAGUGUAAUGAUGUA